AUGUAUUCGUUGUUGUCAGGUUUAUGGAAAUACCUUUUUAGUAAGAAUGAAUACUUUAUUUUAAUUUUAGGUUUAGAUGGUGCUGGUAAAACUACGCUAUUAGAACAAAUUAAAACUAAAUAUACUAAGGUACCAGGGUUACCACCCCAUAAAAUAAUACCGACAGUUGGUUUAAAUAUUGCAAAAACACAAUAUGAAGAAAUCAAAUUAACCUAUUGGGAUUUAGGAGGUCAAUCACAAUUAAGAAGUAUUUGGAAUAAAUAUUUUACAGAUGUUCAUGCAGUUAUAUAUGUUGUAGAUUCAAAUGACAAAGAAAGAUUUACAGAAUCAAAAGAUGAAUUGGAGUCUAUAGUUUGCGAUCCAAAAUUAAAAGGUGUUCCAUUAUUAUUAUUUUUCAAUAAGCAAGACUUACCAGAUUCAGAGUCUAUAGAAUUUUUAACAUCAGUAUUUAAAAGUGUAAUAAAUAACCAAUCUUUGUCAUCUUCAGAGGAUGGCACUACAAUUUCAAGAAAUGUACAAUUACAAUCAUUAAUAGCUAGUAAAGGCGAGGGUAUCAGCGAAGGUAUUAAAUGGUUAGCAGAUAAUUUAAGAAAGAAUGCCAGAACAAUAGAAAAGACAGAUUAUUAA